AUGAAAGAGAAGAGCAAAAACGCAGCGCGAUCGCGUCGCGUUAAGGAGAAUCAGGAAUUUUUUGAGCUGGGAAAGCUGCUACCGCUUCCAGGUGCCAUUACUACACAACUGGACAAGGCUAGCAUUAUCAGGCUAACUACCAGUUAUCUCAAGAUGAGAGCCGUCUUUCCUCAUGGUCUAGGAGACGAAUGGGGUGCUGCGCCACCACCCAACAAUCCCUUAGAGACCACCAUUAAGGAACUCGGUUCGCAUCUUUUACAAACACUGGACGGCUUCAUUUUCGUCGUGGCACCGGAUGGGAAAAUUAUGUACAUAAGCGAGACUGCUAGCGUACAUUUAGGUUUGUCGCAGGUGGAAUUAACGGGAAACAGCAUAUUCGAGUACAUUUAUCCAGAAGAUCGCAACGAGAUGCAUUCCGUGCUGAAUCUUCCGGGUCCGGCGGAUGUAGCGGGUUUCAUCUUUCCGCCACCGAAUUCGCGAGGUGAAAUCGAGCUGGAACGUGCCUUUCUCCUCAGGAUGAAGUGCAUCUUGGCGAAAAGGAACGCAGGCCUCGUUACGGAAGGAUAUAAGGUUAUACACUGUUCUGGGUAUUUAAAGUGUAUUGUGGAGAUUCCCAUUGGAUCCGAAUACGAGGACGGGGUUGCACGGGGGGGCAUCCGUAAUGUCGGUCUAAUGGCCGUCGGUCAUUCACUGCCUACAAGCUCCAUAACCGAAAUUAAAUUGAACCACAACAUGUUCAUGUUCAGAGCGUCACUCGAUCUGAAGCUCAUAUUCCUCGAUGCAAGAGUAACUCCACUAACAGGCUACGAACCACCAGAUCUAAUUGAGAAAACGUUGUACCACUAUGUGCACGCAUGUGACAUUCUGCAGCUACGACACGCUCAUCAUGUUUUGCUGAGGAAGGGUCAAGUGACAACGAGGUACUACAGGUUUCUCACAAAAACUGGCGGUUGGGUAUGGAUGCAGUCAUACGUGACUAUCGUGCACAAUUCACGAAGUUCGCGUCCUCACUGCAUCGUAUCCGUGAACUAUGUGUUGACGGCCACCGAGAAUACGGGCUUGAUCCUGAACUGCGAACAAAAGUCAUCCUGUUCGAGUCCGGGAAAUCCGCCAAGCGCUCCCGUGUCGACGCCCGUCACUGGUACGAAUGACCUGGACAAUCACAGCCCAAGUCCGCCUUCUUACCGCAGAACCAGAGAACCACCCGAUACUGAUUACGCAGAUAGUUCUGGGUAUCCUAAUUCGGAGUACAUGGUGGGUUCGACAAAUCAUAGCCAUUAUCCGUCGACGUACGCGUCGCACGGUAUCAAUGGUGCCCACGAGGACAGCGCUUACUACAGCCCGGAUUUGUUUUACCCGUACAGUGAUCUCCAUCAAGACCCUGUAAACGCUCAUCUGCAGCAUCAGCAAGAUCAUCUUAUUAAUCAACAGAAACGACAACAUCCCCAGCACCUACUGCAUCAGGGUGCAUCCUCUUUGACGUCCCUUGAGCAACGGCAACAACAUAGUCCUCAGAACGGCCAACAGAAGCGACCUUACUCGACGUCUUCAAGUUCCUGCGGUAGCGUUGAUGGUCUCGAUGUUCACUUGGCGAAUUCCAUGAGCCUGCUACCGUCAGGGUAUCACUCGCAUCAUCACCAUCAUCCUAUGCCAGACUCAACAUCGUCAACGACGUUGAACGAGACUGGCAGCGUCAUCAUGUACCCAAACUGCGGUUUCAAUAACAAUGAGAGCUAUAAUGCUGCGGCGCUUCAACAUCACGACGGUUACCAGCAAGGUCAUCCUCAGGCUCAUCACAGCAACGGCAAUGGGACGGUAAAACAUUCCCAUCACCAUCAUCUGGAGGCCUCGUCGACUGGUUACACCAGCGUUAUUGUUGACUCUCAGCAAUACAGUCCUAGUACUGUUCCUCAGGAACUGCACACGCAUCAGACGGCUCCGGUGAGCGGUGGCACACCGCCACUUCAUCAGCCUCACGAAAUGCAUCAUCAGCCGUACGAAACGCAUCAUCAGUUUGUUCACUGA